CUGACCGAAAAUCAUGGCCUGAGCACUCCUCCAGGCUAGGACUUUGUCCAGGCUGCGAGACCAGAACUGGAGGAACAUUCUGUUUUUGAACAUUCUGGCUUUGCCCUCAUCUCCAGCAGCUUUUUUCUUCUCCAACCAGGCGUUCUUGUCUUCCGCCUUCUUCUGCUGCUUCUCCUUACGUUUCGUUUUGAGGUUCUCCUUAAUAGCCAGGAACUUCAGGAACUUCUUCUUUGAAGCCUUGGUGGGGAGCGCUGACAACUCCUGAAGCUGUUCAUCUGUAAUUUCUUGAGAUCUAGUUUUUCCUCGGGGUUAUCCCUUGUUGGCUGGAAGGCAUCUUUCCACACCGGGACCCCGGUAUUGAAGUGGCGAGCAGGGCUGUCAAAAACCGCCCAUGACCUGAGUAACAUGGCGUCCAUCUACAUCGUUGAUGUGGAUAAAGCUCCCAUCUACACAAGAUACUUUGACAUCAGUUACAUCCCCUCCACUGUUUUCUUCUUCAACGGACAGCACAUGAAAGUGGACUAUGGCUCCCCUGAUCACACCAAGUUUGUCGGCAGCUUCAAGACCAAACAAGAUUUCAAGGAUCUGAUUGAGGUCAUAUACAGAGGAGCCAUGCGUGGGAAGAUGAUUGUCCAGAGUCCAAUAGAUCCUCAAAAUAUUCCCAAAUUUGAUCUCCUCUACCAUGGAAUUUAAAUUCAAUUCCUGUGUGCCCUCAUGAUCCUAAUGAUUUCUUGCUGGGUGGCAUCAACCACGUCUGGCUGAUUAACUGACAAAAAAGGGCUUUGAUUUUCAAAGAAUCAUCUGAAGAAGUUUUGAUAUUAAAGCUCAUUUUCACAUAGAAGGCAAGUGAUGAAGGAAAUGUAUCUUUAGUCUUUGUCCUCUUGCUAUGUGUAAAGGUUCACUAUGGAGUAUUUUACCUCUAUUAAGAAUACAGAGCAAUGUUUGUAUGUGUGGGUCACAGUUUAGUAAGCAGAACACAUUUCGGUGAAUGCUUUCACACCAUUAUACUAAUGUGAAGGCACUAUUGGACAGUGAAUUUGGACAGCCAUUUUUGGUUACAAUGACGAAAAAUACAUGUUUUUCCUCUUACCUGUAGAGCUAUUUAUCAUUGUAGAUUGUUUUGGUAUGAGUUGCAGAGUGUUGGAGAUAUCGGCUGUCGAAAUUGAUAUGAUUUCCAUCUCUUUUUUUUCAGCCUUUCUCACAUUUGCUAUGUCUCAUGUUUGAUAGAGAAAUUGUGUGUUCUGAUAUAUGAGGUUGUGCAACUUUAUUCUCAUUUGUUUUAUUUCUUGUGAAAAUGCAGUGUCAUCAAUGUUUCCCAUGGAAAAAGUACAUGCUCUGUUUUUAUAAUAAAUUUUUAUAUUUUAUCUUGCAACACUCA